GGAAAGAGCAAGGGGAAACAUGUGAGCGCUCUGAGGAUCUAGUGAGAGACAAUUUUGUGCUUACUUUUUUGACCCAAUGCACUGUGCUGAAACGGAUUUUAAAUCAGAAGGAAGGACACAAGUGAAGCUUACUGCAAUUCUCAGAGCUUUCUUAUCCUUUGCUUUGUUUUCUUUACGAGAGAAAAAUGUGUAUUUCUGGGGUAUGCCAGCAUAACCAGCACUACCAUUAAUUUAUUUUAAAUAACUUUUUUUUUUCUCUAGCAAAUAUUUAAUUCUGAUUACUUUAUGCGUAUACCUUUAUUAAACUAAAUUAUUAUAAUCGUUUACCUGUGAUACAGCAUAUAUAAAUAUAGAGAAUAUAGUAUUUUGUAGGUUUGCGCCGUUGCUUCCAACAGUGAUUUCUCAUAUAUUUUGGUUCCAACGUUUUUUCAAUAUGAGGCAUUUGAAAUUUGUACUCGUGUUGGCUAUUGCAGUCAACGUUUGGGAAUGUGGGGAUUCCAAAUUUGGCGAGAAGGGGGAAAUAAGCCCGAGGAGAAGGAGAUGUUACGACGGGAGCAUGCCCAAGCGACUGAAGAAGAGGGAAAGAAAACUGUCAGUGGACAGCGAUGCAAGCAGCGGGGAAGUUUGUCACAGGUUGUACCCUCGUGUGUCAUGCUGCCCAACCAGGCGUGCUGCUUAUCAGAUAGUCCACCGGCGUGAUGCCAGGAUCUUCUCCACCAAUAACACGGAGUGCAGCCGUCUCCUGGAGGAGAUCAAGUGUGCACACUGUUCGCCCAACGCCCAAGUGCUGUUCCACUCCCCCGAGUCGGACAAGGUCCCCCUCAGGGAGCCCCACCUGCCACGCCUCUGCCAGGACUACUGCCGAGAGUUCUACUAUACCUGCCGCGGACACAUACCAGAGCUGUUCCAAGCCGAUGUGGAUGAGUUCUGUCAAUACUACGGACGGCGGAACGGAGGCCUGUGCUUCCCAGAUUUCCACCGAAAGCAAACACGGGGACAGGACUCCAACUACUUGGGAGAUGAGAAAGUCGAAGACAUCAACAGGAAGCACAAGCACAACUGCUACUGUGCCCAGGUGGUGCUGAGUGGGCUGAGGCAGCCAGUAGCCGUGGUGCACUGUGGGGACGGAUCCCAGCGCCUCUUUGUCCUGGAGAAGGAGGGCUUCGUCCGGGUGCUGACCCAUAACAUGGAGCUGCUGAAAGAGCCUUUCCUGGACAUCCACAAGCUGGUGCAGACCGGACUCAAGGCAGGAGAUGAAAGGGGUCUGCUAGGUCUCACAUUCCACCCCAAUUACAAGAAGAACGGCAAGCUGUACGUCUCCUACACCACCAACCAGGAGCGCUGGGCCAUCGGACCGCACGACCACAUUCUGCGCGUGGUCGAGUACACCGUCUCCAGGAAAAACCCCAACAUGGUGGACAGUAGGACCACGCGGAUGCUGAUAGAAGUGGCAGAGCUGCACAGGAAGCACCUGGGAGGACAGCUGCUGUUUGGCCCUGACGGCCUGCUGCACAUCGUCCUGGGAGACGGCAUGAUCACCCUGGACGACAUGGAGGAGAUGGACGGCCUCAGUGAUUUCACAGGGUCUGUGUUGAGGGUGGAUGUGGACACAGACUGCUGCACGGCUCCUUACUCCAUACCCAGGAACAACCCCUACUUCAACAGCACCAACCAGCCACCAGAAAUAUUUGCCCACGGACUGCAUGACCCAGGCAGGUGUGCCGUGGACCGGCAUCAUACGGAUAACAACGGGAGUCUCUUGAUCCUGUGCACGGACGCCAGCGGUAGGAACGCGUCUGCAGGGAGAAUACUGGCGAUCACUAAGGGGAAAGACUACGAGAAUGAGGCAUCCAUCUUUGACCUGGCGACCAGUGGAGGAGCAGCACCUGUGGGAGGGUUCAUCUACAGAGGCUGUCAGUCCAGGAGGCUCUACGGGAGCUAUGUGUUCGGAGACAAGAACGGGAACCUGCGGAUCCUCCAGAAGGGCUCAGCGGCGGCAGGGGACCAGUGGCAGGAGAAAGCUCUGUGUCUGGGGACCAGCAGCUCCUGUGGCUCCGCUCUGGUGGGACAUAUCCUGGGCUUCGGAGAGGACCAACUAGGUGAAGUGUACAUCCUGGCCACCAGUAAAAGCAUGGCUCAGUCACACAGUGGGAAGCUCUACAAGCUAGUGGACCCUAAAAGGCCCGCGGUCCCUAAGGAGUGUCAGAGACAGGUGGAGGCCCCGGAGCUGCUGGGAACGGCCUGCUCACGGCAGUGUAAGAACGGACACUGCACCCCCACUGGGAAGUGUUGCUGCAGCACCGGCUGGGAGGGACCCUUCUGCAGAGUGGCUAAAUGCGAGCCGGCCUGUCGUAACGGAGGCGUGUGUGUUGAGCCCCACAUCUGCCUGUGUAAGAGCGGCUACUCGGGCGCCCAGUGUGAGAAGGGCGAGCGGGGCAUGCCUAGCGACCAGGAGAACGACGGCAUCCUGGACCACAUCAUAGACAUGACCUCGUACCUGCUGAACCUCACUAGCUACAUGGUAUAGGGGCAUGGGGAGGGGGUCCACUCCCACCGCAACCCCCUCCGGGCCCCCUCACUCAACCACCGGAGAAGCGCAAGCAGAGCCUCCCUCCUCCGUGAUUCACCCCUGAGACACACCCCCCUGUCUGAACGUACCCUGUCCCCGUCAACACCCAGACUCUGGUCAUCUUCCUGCCCAUAAGCUCCGGUAGGCUACGUACACCAGGCAUCCAGGCCAAGCAUCCCUCCAGAGACCAUCACACAGACAGACACAGCAACGUGAUGGUUGGAUGCAUGGUAAUCGUCAUCUAUGGUCUAAUGGUUGGACCUCCACCGUGGCUACAUAAGCUCUUUUAUACUCUUCUUCUCCAGGAGAAAGUUCUUCUCCUCUCUCUCCCACUCUGGAUCCCCCAUGCAGAUGACUUGAUAUUAGCACUGCACCCCUGCUGAGAACAGAGGGAGACCCCCUCGCGUUCUCUCCACACAACAACAAAAAAACAGGGGCCAUUUUGACUGAAGCCUUACAGAGUGCGAAGGGGAGUCGGCUGAGCUGAAACACGGCGAGGCGGGCGGAGGCGUGGUGACUUAAGUUAUCCCCCAGGACUGGAGAGUGGACAGCCCAAUACUGGGGGUUAGCUUUGGGUCUGCCUUCACCAACACAACACAGUCUAUAUACAGCCUUUAAAUGAACAUGCCAAUCUCUUCAGCAUCAGCAAUGCAAUAAUACUGACACUGACUGAAGAGUUUCUGAUAAUCUUACUGUGCCGUGUAAUAGAGCCCCAUACAGAGUCCUGUACUAUCUUGUCUAAAGGCGCUAAUAUGAACGGCCAAUAGACCAAUGUCACAGAAAUAAUAAUGAUUAUUGUUAUUUUGACCCACUGUUUUCUCCGGGUGAUGUUUUGUGGGCACAUCUUCAUAGAAAAAGCUACGUUUUGAUACUUCAUGAUACAGCGGUAUAGAUUUGUUGUUCAUCGCUCACUUGACAUGCUGCCAAUGUACAGAAUGGAUCCAUAGCUGAAGAAUGAGUGUCUUUGGACUCAACAGGUAUCGAUAGAGUUUAUAUGGCUGUGUCCCA